GCCACGAAACAGAGACACCGAGCAGAAAGAAAUAGAUAUAGAGAGAGAGAGAGAGAAAACAAAGAAAUUGUGUAAACAAAGACGAUGACAGAAGUCCGAUUAAACAUCGACGAUGAGUUUAUAUAUUCAGCAUCAGAGGUUAUAUGCUGCAGAAUUUGUCACGAAGCAGAGUUCGAAAGCUGUAAAUCAUUAGAAACUCCAUGUUCAUGUUCAGGAACCGUAAAGUUUGCACACAGAGAUUGCGUACAGAGAUGGUGUGACGAGAAAGGAAAUACAAUUUGUGAAAUCUGUCUUCAGAAUUUUGAACCCGGAUAUACAGCCCCGCCACCCAAAAAGGCCUCCCAAGAUACCCAUGUCACUAUUCGGGAAAGUGUAGAAGCUUCAAGAACAGAUGAAAAUCUUGUAAUUAUUGCCAUUGCUGAUGAAGAAGAAGAAAACUUGAUUGAAAGAGAAUACGCGGAGUGUUCGUCGACCGCUGAUGCUACCGCUUCUAUGUGUAGAACUUUGGCUCUCAUUUUUACCAUACUUCUACUAGUCAGACAUUUUAUUGGAGUGCUAAUUGGCGAAACAGGAAAUUACCCGUUUACCCUUUUAACACUACUACUUAUAAAGGCUUGUGGGAUAUUGCUUCCAAUGUACAUAAUAAUGCGGAUAAUCGAUGUGGUCCAUAAUAGCAUCACACGUCAAUAUCAGGAUUCUGAACGUGACAACAUAUAGUUGACAUACACGACCAACAAGCGUCUAGAUAAAGAUUGGUUGAUUGAUUGAUUAAUCAAGAGUUUUCUUUUAUUUUAUUUUUUUAUUUCUAUCACCAGGCUCAAGUAAAAAGAAAAAACAUAUUGUUGUACUUCCAUUUGUACUUAGUUGAUAACUGUAUAUUGAUGAUCUUCCCUUUUCUAUGUGGAAGAUGAUAAUUCAGUAAAGAUUUUAAAA